UGGAAAAAAAGAAGCAGGUAUUCUGCUAGCCGUCUUUCUUCAGCUCCUUAAUUGUGGAAAUUCCUUUCCUCUGUACCUGCUCAUGGAACUCUAUCCACUGACCCUGAGCCAAGAGAGAUUUUAAUGAGCUAGCUCCUGAAAAAGACUCUUUAUUGUCCUAACGGCAGAUUUGGCUACUGAACAGUGCUCUCUUUCUUUAAUGAAACAAUCAGUAUCUCUUACUCUCUCUCGCUCUCCUUCCCUCCUGAUGGAAAAUCCAAACCCUGCAAGCCCCGCUGCUUCGCUUUUCCCCCCGCCACCAUGCUCCCAUCACGUCCUUCCCUGGCAGACCCCUGGACGGUGAACACUUGAAGCAUAUGGGACAGAUCCGUUAACUCCUGUAGAUCCUGCCACAGAGUCUUCAGCAGGGACCAGAUUCUACGUAUUCUAGGACCGCCUGCAAAAGGUUCCUCAAUGGCUCUGCAGGUCCUGGGCAUCACUCUGUCCAUGAUUGGCCUGGCCGGUACGAUCAUCAUCUGUGCGCUGCCCAUGUGGAAGGUCACGGCAUUCAUCGGCACCAACAUUGUGGUGGCUCAGGUCUUCUGGGAGGGCCUGUGGAUGACUUGCGUGUAUGAGCGCACCGGCCAAAUGCAGUGCAAGCUGUACGACGCCCUCUUGGACCUGGACCCCUCGCUGCAGGCCUCGCGUGGUCUUGUGGUCACCACCAUGGCGCUUGCGUGCCUGGCCUUUGUGAUCUUCCUGCUCGGGGCAGACUGCACCAACUGCCUGAGUAACCCAGGAGCCAAGGGCCGGAUUGUGGUGGCAUCCGGAAUCACCUUCAUGCUCUCGGGCCUCACCACCAUGGUGCCCGUGUCCUGGACGGCCGACUCCAUCAUCAGGGACUUCCACAACCCCAUAGUGCACGAGGCACUGAAGAGGGAGAUGGGAGCUGCCAUCUAUUUGGGCUGGGUCACCGCAGGGUUCUUGUUCAUAGGUGGAGCAGUUCUUUGUACCAGCUGUCCAACAAAGAAGGUCAAACACUCAUCAAGAUACAUGUCUGCAAAAUCUGGAACCCAAAGCAGCUAUGCUUUCAGGAACUAUGUCUGAAGUUCUGGUCUAAAGAUGAUGGACAGGUUGAGUAAAGAGGAGGCAGAGCGUAAAUUGGUCAAAUAUCAAAUGUACACAUUUUAAAUCUUAACCCAAAUGCUGUUAAUACAACAUAUGGACAAAAGUAUUAGGACAUCUGCUCAUUCAUAGUUUCUUCUGAAAUUAAGAGCAUGUUUUUGUUGGAGUAACUGUUUCUACUGUUUAUUGAAAAUUGUAGAUUUGACUGCAUUUAGCAACAAGACCUUUAAUUAGGUCAGGUUGUUUUACCUUACACCAAAUUCGGUCAAGACACUAUAUGGGCAAAAGUAAUGGGACACCUGUUAAUUACCAAUUCGUGGUCUAUUACUCAGCCCCCUGAUUCCAAUUAUCAUUCCUGGGCUUUGUGUUAAUUGGAAGGUGUAACAGAUCUGAUGGUCUAUCAAAAUUACAUCAACUGUUCUCUUAAUCAAAUUAAAUCAAAUCACAUUUAUUAUCAUGCCAAAACACAUUGGUAUAUGCAAGUAAAAAAGUAAGACGCACUGUCACUAACAGUCUUACAAUGACAAAAGUCAUGGGACAGUUUUAUAACAUCGCAUGCUCAUUUUCACCUCACCUCAUACGCAACUGCCCCAAUCAGCCCAACUAAAAGCCAAUCUUCCACAGAGCUCAGGUCCACUGCUCAACAGCACAAUGCUGGGGGGCUUUAUACCACUCUAGCCCAUGUCUGGCAUUGGGCAUGGUGCCAAUAGGUGCAACUUAAACUCAAAUUAAAAUAAACUCAUUGGAUUGGUUAACUGCCCUGUGAUCCUGCACAUGUACAAGAAAUUGACAUUUAAUCAAUGCCACCUGGAUAUGGAUUAAAAAGGGAUAAAGAGA